AAGCCUGUGGGUGGAGAGAAAGUGGGAUGGAUGCAGGGAGUGAGGGAGGGGGAGGGAAGGAGAGAGUAGGCGCUGUGGACACGACUAAGUGAAGUGAGGGGGGUGAAAAGAGGAGGGCAGGCCAAAGUUUGACAUACAUAAGACAAAGAGCACAGUGAUUGGGAGUGGAGUCGUCCAGGAGCCGCCGAGGCAGAAGUAGCUCUCUGCACAACACAACGGAAAGCUCGGCAUUGGAGCAGAAAGUGGGCGGCUGCUCUGGGACGGUGGAGGGAAGAAGCAGCAGGGGAAGAGGCUGCAGGAAGCCGGCAUACCGACGCAGAUAAGGCUCCACCAGCGCAGAGCCGGGGGUCCGCGGGGGGAGAACGUGUGUCUGGCAGGACUGACCCGAGGAGCGGCCCCGACCCGGAGGACGAACGGCGACGGCUCCAGCGAGCGCCACAGCACAGCCUCGCCAUGAGUUCCACUGGCACCCUGGAGAAGGGGGCCCACCACCAGGCCCUGGACCUGUCUGAGGAGCUGCCCCCUCACCACCACCACCACCACAUCAACCACCAGCAGCACCUCCUCCACUCCAACUCUCUGGCCUCCACGGCUGCUGUGGGCGGAGGCAGGGAGACUCCGUCGCGCGCGGUGGUGCCGCCUCCCUAUUUCGCGGCCGAGAGCGCCGGCGGGGGCAGCGAGGCCCCCCUGGAGCUGAGGGGCUCGCUGGACUGCUGGGCCUGCUCGGUGCUGGUGACCGCCCAGAACCUGGUGAUUGCCGCCAUCAACGCCUGCCUCGCCGGGCUGGUGUUCGGCACCAUCCUGACACCGGCCAUCGUCAUGGUGGUGUUUGGCUUCCUGUGCCACUCUACGGUCCGCCCUCACGGCGCCACCCCCUACUGCUCGGACCUGCUGACCGACGGAGGCUGCGUGGCGCUGCUGGUGGUGGGCUUCCUCCUGGUCACCCCCCUGCUGGUGCUGGCGCUGGCCGCGUACUGCCGCCUCGCCCGCCACCUCCAGCUGGGCCUGUGCUUCAUCCCGUACAGCCGCGCCGUGUACAAGAACCUGCCGGCCACUCAGCACCGGGGCCUGGGCACCGGCUGCUGCGGCGGACGAGACGGAGCCGACGGCAGCGGGAAGGGGAAGGUCUGGGUGUGAGGAGGACGAGGUUAUAGGGAGAAUGUGAACGAGACCAUCAAUUACUGCAGCAAAGCAGCAGCCUGGAAGACAAAUCUCACUGUAAUGAGUAGUUGAGCAAUGUUACUGAUGAAGUCUGACUGGAAGGAAGAAAAACGCUAAACUGCAGCAUCUUAUCUGACCUGCAUACAACCUCAACUUUCCUCACAGGAAACAGGAAAACUGAAAAUAGUUCACCUCACUAAAGGUUGUAUUGUCACUGAACAGAAGCGUAUGUUAUCACGUGCAUGUUAUAAACAAACAUUUGUCUAGUGUAGUUUUCUCUUAAGCAAACUGUGACUGUUAUUUCUUGUAAUAAUUCAUUUUUAUAAAUACAUUUAUAAAUCAAUAA